UUUCUAUAUUUUUUCACAUCCACAACAACGUUUAUUGAUAUACCCACAUCCCCUUGACUUGAUUUUUCACGAAAGAAUGCUAAAUGUAUUUGACGAGUACGCGAUAGCAUGGCUUAACAUAGGCACGCUGAUUUUUAUCCCAUUUUUCAUCACACUCGCCCAGCUUCGGACAGUAAUCCAAUCCUCGAUAGCAUCAGCACAGCUUAAUGCUCAACAUUUCUGUCGAGAAAUUGACCACGCCGCAUCCCAAGUUGCCAAUAUCCCUCAUAUCAUGCUUGAGGAUUCAAUCAAAGCCAGCCGCGCCGUCAUUGACAGCAUCGCUCGCCAACUCAUUUUCAUGGUCCAAGCAUUAGAAGAGAUAAUUCUGUGGAUUAUCGGUGCCUACAAGUCCAUGUACAGAUGUUUGCUCGGCCUAGCUGUCAACGGAGCGAUAUCAGCAGUGACCAAAAUUGCAGGACCCGUGCAACAAGCAGCAGAAAGCAUCCUUACUGGAUUAGACAAGGGUACCAGUAUCAUCGGACACCUCAUCUCUGGCGAUAACGACGAAGACGUUGCGGACAAUAGUGUACAACUCGGAAACUGGACCAGCACUAUGCAGGAUGUCCAGAACAAAGUGCAAAAUUGGACGACAAACGGUGCAGACGAUCCGUUCGACCUCAUGAUUCGGCAGCCAUUUGAAAAAAUCAAGCAGCAAAUCCAUGACAACGUGGUGACGUGGAAACCAGACAACGUACCAACAGCAUUUACUGCGCAACAGCAGCAGUUACAGUCAAAAGAAUUCUGUGAUUUGACGGCCAUUCAAGACGGGUUGAACUCGGUGCAGCAAAAGCUGUUAACGGUGACGAAUAUUAUUAUCGUUCUUAUAGUCGUAGCUGCUCUGACUUGCAUUGUCGUGAACGUCCUCUGGGUUCGAUUUCGACACACGUACACCAGUCGACGCAUCAGAGAUCUUGCAUUCACGUUGGUAACCUUGCAGCACAAGUCGGAUGAAUUGCGAAGCGAACGCAAAAGCAUCGAACAAAAACUCGAGAGUCUGGGCCAUGCGAAUCGAAAGCCAGUAAUAGCAUCCAUCAUAACAAACGAGAAGCUCCAACGGCGACCUGUUUUAGCCUGGUGGUUCGACUAUCUGACGCAUCCUGUGGUUUUUUAUUGUUUUCUUACCGGUAUUUUGGGUCUUAUGAUGACUUUUGUGGCAAGUGCAACGAUGCAUCAGAUAUUGGAGAACAAUGGCCAGUUCAACACUCUUGUACAACACUGGGCCACAGACCAAUCGGGUAGCGCUGCCAUUCAAGCAUUGUCUCAUAUAGAGUCACAAGCCAACACGCUCAAUCAAUGGAUAGCGAGUUCGGAAGCCAGCAUCAAUGAACACACUUUUGGCGCUAUCCGAUCAAUAGCCUUGUCAGCUAAUGAUACCAUAGGGUUAGUCACUGACCAUAUUAGUGACUUUGUCAAGCUGACACUUGGCGGUACGGUAUUAGAGGAGCCUGCUAAAGAUGUACUAGACUGUCUCUUUAUGACAAAAAUUGAGCAGCUUGAAAAUGGUCUGACCUGGAUUGCUCAAAACACCUAUGUAAACCUGACACGUGUCAGUGCGCUGGAUGCAAAAAACUCGGUGGAACGAAGCUUUUAUGCUAUUUCCUCUGUAUCAGAUCUCUUGUCAGUGGUGCAAAAGCAAGUCGACUCGAAACUACAACAAGAUAUCAUGCUUUAUUCUAUAGUUUUGUCAUUAUGGGGGUUUUGUCUGUGUAUUGCUAUGGUUCUACAGUUUCAGAAAUACAUAAAAAAAUGAACAUUCUGUUGCAGAUUAAUAGUUUAAAAUCGGGUGAUAUAAAUAAGAAAGGCUUAUCCGGGUAGUGCAAACAAGGAAUUCAAAAGGGAUCAUCACACCUCCUCUCGUCCCUUGCUAUUGGCAGAAGCGGAACGGAAAUUCAUCAGGACCGACGAGAGCUGGCGGGCAACGUCGUCACUGCCAGGUGGCACACCACCCUUUUCUCUCC